AAGCUCCGCCUCCUGAUGACAUCAUCAGGAAUAAGAUGGAAGCUCCGCCUCCUGAUGACAUCAUGAGGGUGGAGAGGGAAGCUCCGCCCCCUGAUGACAUCGUGAGCAAUGAAAGUGAAGCACCUCCUCUCGAUGACAUCAUGACGAUUGAGAGGGAGGCUCCGCCCCCUGAUGACACCAUGAGGAAUGAUUUUGAUGAAGAAGAAGAAGAGCACAAAGGAACUAACUUCCUGUCUGUCUCUGACGUCGUCCAGCAGGAGGAUGUGAGUGUUGUGGAGUUGGAUGGAGGUCCGUCCCCCCCCCUGGUUGUGUACCAGGGUCCAGUGUUCCCCCCCCA